AUGCCUUCACUGUUCACUCGCAACGCAAAAUCAGUCAUGUUCACCAACAUGCCGCCAUGCCCAUCUAAAAUCAACGCACGCUCAAAGCUGAUGUGCUCAAAGAUGGUUGUUUGGAAUAAUAGGGGUAUCAUCACCUCGCAAUACGGUUCAAGAAGAUCAGAAUAUGAUUUUCCACGUUGUCUCAAGCCUGUAGAGAAAGAACCAGUUAAGAAUAAUGAUUGCUUUGAUGAGAAGGGAACGCCAACAGCUUCAGCUAAUAUGGACGAUAUAGACAUGGUGCUGUUCUCAAAGACUGUAGCUCAUAUGUGA